UCUGUACAUGGCUGCACUCGUCCUCUUCCCAUCUCGGCGGGGUCACUCAGCGAUACCUUGCCAGCCAGCCAGCCAGCCAGACCUCUCUCCCUCGUCCGCCUAGCCCUACUCCGUGCAGCAGUACCCUUUUUGCCCCUCUCACACGCCGUGCCCGCCUUCCUUAAUACCUGCCCAUCCAUCAUCACUUUUUUUUUCUGGCCUACUAUACCUUAUCUACCUUGCGCGCCGAAGCCUGUACAUGGGCUUAGUGCUAACGUACCUACCUUAUCGAAGCAAGGGAAUUUAUUGCCGACCUACCGAGUACUUGGGGUAGUUAUACAGAGGCCCUUUCAGGUGGUACCUAGCUUCGGCAGUCAGUCAGUUCACGACUCCGUUCACCCGCGACUCGACCUUGUCCUUACCAAGUCGGCACUUGACCUUGUCCAAUGUACUAGUACUAAGGUAAGAUACCUUCCUUGGCUCCAAGGGCGUUUCUUGCCUGGGGCUCUGGGACAGGCAGGUAUACUGUACCUCCCGUCCGGACUUGCGCUCCGGCACCUGCCCAAGUUGUCUUAUUUUACCACCCACCGACCUACCAGAGUACCUUCCUACCUUACCUCACCUCACCUCACCUCACCUCAUCCUGCCUUGCCCUUUGCCUCACCUCACCUCACCUCACCCCAACUCUCCGACCUGCCGUCUGUAAGUACCGUGCCUUGCCUUAAGUACCUACUUACCCCUGCCUCGCCCCGUACCUACCUUACCUUCUAGUACCUUACCUUGGUACUUUACUCUACCUCACUUCGCCUCGCCUGGCAAUUCCUUGCUUCACCUCUGCUCCCGCUUCCACUUCCACCUCCAGACUCCUCCCGCUGCCCCGGCUUGUACCUCCCUCCACCCUGGCCUCCCUCGUCUCUCCUGUGAUGUGCCUGUGCGCCCGCCUUCGCCUCAGUCCCCCUUCUGCCUUGCUCUCCCUGGCUAUCUCUGUCCCAAGCCUGCGUCGAACCGUCGCCAGCUUUCUCACGCUCACAAUCUCGCCUCAGCAUCCGCCUCCAGCUGCCCGAACGCCAAGGCCGUCCACUCGUGCGUGGGCUUCAUCCCGUCUGGCUCCGUCCUUUUCGCGAAUUUCUUCGCCGAUCCUAAACGUCGCUGACCAUCGAUCCUUUUCGCACUGCAGCCAACGGCACGGCGCCUGCGUCCAAUAGCUGUUGUCGGCGUCGACAGCUACGAACCCCCCGCCCGAUCGCCGCCCCCGGCACUUGGAAGACUCGCCGACAAGCCGCACGCGAGACUCGCGAGACUCGGCAACGUUCCUGAGAUCCCACGGCCCGGCAAGGCUAGGGGGGUGUGUUGCCCCUGCGGACCCAAUUUCCCGCCUCCUCAAGCGCCGGCGUCUUUUACACGUCUUCGCCCUGCCUGUCCUGCUAGUUGCCACCUCUCGAGUUACACAGCCAGUGUUUCACGCCCUUACAGUCGUUCCUCUCGCCGGUACCCAUCGUUUGAUGACCGCUUCUGCCGCUGUGUCUCCCCUGCCACCUUUGCGCCGGCCGUUCUCGCUCGUCGUUGCCCCGGCCCUGCUGGUUCGUCCCUUGACCUAUUCCGUCUGCGAGCUCGCACAUCCGUCGGCUCGUCCAGAAGCGGGAAACAGGCCUCUGUCGAUGCACUUUUUGGACCUCUGCGCAAUGUAAAUACUCGCGCAUAAUCAACCGCCCCAUCCUAUUAGGUGUCUCUCUGGAGCGGCAGUCACGUCUCCUCGCCGAGCUGGCCAUGGCCGAGAGGGCGAGCGCGACGUCGGCCCAAAAGGCGGGUGGUUCGGACCAGACUCCGCCUCUACAGCACGACGAUGACAAGGACGACCCCAAGGGCAAGAAACCCAUGGUGAAGAAGAGAACCAAGACUGGUUGCCUCAGUGAGUGCCCGCCGGCUUCCCUAUGUGCCCCAUGGCUCCCCUUGCUUGCGUACCAGCUCAUCUGACCUCCUUGAAGCCUGCCGCAAGCGCCGGAUAAAAUGUGACGAGAACAAGCCAAGAUGUAAGAAUUGCAUCAAGUCCAAGCGUGAGUGCGAGGGAUACAACCAAAGAGUCGUCUUCAAAGAUCCUAUGGGGGCACAGCAUGGCCACUUUGCACCUCCACUCUAUUCGGCUGGCACUGCGUAUCUCGGUGAUCAUCUGGCCGCCCACCAUGUCAAGCCACCCGCUCCGUUACCUCUGCAGGCCAUCGCCCCAAAGCCCUCGCCAUUCGACUUUGGCCAACCUCAUAUGCUACCUCGACGGCCCCAGAAUGGUCUCGCCGCCCACGACUUGAGCUUUGGCCAUAGCCCCAUUGAGGGGCACCCGUCCAUGCCAAAUCCCUUGCUGGGGCCUGACUUUACUGCGAGUCAAGAACAGGAGAAUUACCUCCAAAGCGAGGCCGCCUUUUACAAUCAGAGCAACGUCAACGCCCCCGGCGCUUCUUCUGCAGAGCAGCGGUCUCGGUAUAUUGGCAACGGGGCCUCGAACCACAUAUCCUCACAUGCCUUUCGCGGCCCGGAAAGUGAAUACGAGGAAGAGUUGUCGGACGAGGACAUGUACAUGGCCGAAUCUGAUGAUGAACCGUCCGCGCUACCAGAUCCAAAGGAGCUGAUAUCAGCCGGCUCUCGCCACAUGUUCUGGCCAUACCCGAGAGGAGGGGCAGUUGUGAGGACUUUCGCGGCCUUCGCUCAGGAACAGGCUUUAGCAGAGUACAUGGAUUACGCCCCCAAUUCGGAGCUUCGGAAUCAAGCAAUGAGGACCAUCUUCAUGCACUUCGUUAGCGUUACGGGCCCUUCCAUGUCGUUGUAUGAAAGAGAUCCCACUCCGCUUGACGGGUCUGGAAGUCUCGAGGGCAACGCCGAGCUCGGCCACAAUCUCUUCAGUUACACAUUUCCCGUUCUUUCUUUGAAUCAUCCCGGCCUGCUUCACGCCAUAAUGGCCAUUGCCAGCUUGCAAAUCGCCAAACUUCAAGGGACACCGGCCACGGCGGCGCUGAAGCAUUACCACUGGUCCAUCCGGCGCAUCGCCAAGAAUGUGAAAUCGCCCUUGAAGCGAACCAAGCUGUCCACCUUGGCAGCGACCCUCCUCCUGGCGUAUUUCGAGGUCUGGUCGUCGGACCACUCCAAGUGGUGCAGCCAUCUCUUCGGCGCGAGACUGCUUUUCCGCGAGAUUGCCCUAAGGGACAUGUCUCGAGUUUGUUUGCCGGUCAAGCGAAGGAAGCUUUUUGGAGGCACCGGUCUGGGAAAGGAUGCCAGCGAUCUCGACUACGAUCUCCUGAGCCUCAUAACAGGGACUCAUCUGUCUGCUGAGGAUUACGGGCUGCAAGACGGCCAGCUACUAGACGAGAGGUGUCUCUAUACCACAGACCGCGACGUGCAGCAAUACGAUAUACUGCGAGAUCUCUUUUGGUGGUACGCUAAAAUGGAUGUUUACCAGAGCAUUCUCGGGGGCACGAAGCUUUUCAUGGACUACGAGGCGUGGACACAAUGCCCUCCAAGGGCGCCGCUCUCCAACUUCAAUGCCAUUUAUGGGACUUACGAUCAUCUCAUUCUGCUCCUUGGCCGGCUUGCCAGUUUUGCGUCUCGCGACCUGUCGCGGAAGCGGAAGGCAAACCGACCUCAGAGCGCGAGCUCCUCGGGCGGCUCUCCGCCGCAAUUCCCGGGCAUUGUGCCAACAUAUGGAAAGUUCAACGUGCCCCUGGGCUUCAGUCCGCCGAUGGAUCAUUCCCCGAACACGGAUUCCAACGACGAGUUCGCAGCGCCACAAACGGCCGAGGCGGCGGAACACGAGUGGGAGAGCAUCAGGCAGGGCUUCGAAGCGCUGGAGAGCUGUCUCGGAGCGCACUUCAAGCCGCUGGAUAGCGAAUACACGGACCGCAAAGAGACGCCGUUCGGCUCGGCGCUGCAGUACCGCACAUACUCAGUGGCCGGCAUUUGGAUGAAUUACUACAUGGGCUUGAUUCAUUUAUACCGAAGUCGCCCCAAUAUGCCACCAGCGGCCAUGCAGGCAGCGCAAAUGGCCGCUCCAUCCACCGCUGGCUAUGCUAUCCAAAUAGGCCGUAUCGCGGCGGGUUUGGCAGACGACUCUUCUCGGAGACUCGAAGUCAGCACCACUCUUGCUGCCGCGUUCAUCGAGAGCUGUUUCUGUCUCUUCGUGGCUGCCGUGCAGCUCCAAAACAGCGAUCAACGCACUUGGGUAACACAGCGUAUGUUCGACAUCGCCCGUCUAACGGGCUGGCAGUCGGCCAUGAAAAUCGCCAUUGGAUGCGAAACGGCAUGGCUCAAGGCCCACCAAUUGGGACACGGGCCCGGAUACAAGCGGCCUGAGCAUCUGCAAGACGUACCAAUCUCGGUAUGGAUGAUGCCCCGCAGGUUGGAUCAAAGGAUUUCGGAACUCGACGGCAAAGAGGAGCAGCGUCUCGUGCUCGUGAGGUCAGAACAGACGAGUCUAGCUUUUGGGCUCUUGGGGGUAGAGAGAGACCUGGACCGUGUCGAGCUGGAAGACGACGAUUGAGGGAGGGGGUUCAAGACGCGGAGCGUAGUGCUUUGGGGUUGUCGGAGUCUUUAGAGGGAGGCCUCUGCGCCGAGGACCGGGAAAAAGGAAAAGAUUACAUACAUGUUGGAGUUUGCAUGGGCGUUGUCUGUCCCGGGCGCAAGGAGGUUUCAAGACCUGCGCGGCCGGGCGUGGUCGGCCGUCGGAAGCGAAAGGUCACGGGGGCGCUAUAAUCGUCGUCGGCAUCAGUGUGAAGCUUCUCAUAAUCAUACAUUCCGGACGUUGCCCUUAACGGGCGCGCUCGAUGCGACAGCCCGAAGCAGGAAGCCCUUUGUGCGCUAGGCGCGUGUAGUU